ACGACAGGACACGAUAAGAACCCUUUGUUUGUACCAGUGGAGCGUAACGGUGUUCGGUUCGGCCCUGCUAGAAUGUUGCGGCCCGCUUUCGACUCUUCCGACUAUCCCUCGUAGUAUAGCUCGACUCGCUGCUUCCCACAACCAUGGAGUCUCCGCGCCGCCCCGUAUCAGGCUCUUCGUCCCUCCGAUACUGCUACUGCCGCUGCUUCCGCCGCCUUUGCCGCUGCUUCUGCUGCUGCUACUGCUGCUCCUCUCCCACCGCCAUCUGACUCCAGAUUCUACGCCCAUGAGCCCCUCCCGCUCCCCGCUUGGCCUCUCUCCCGGAUUCCGCCUCGCUGCCUGUCUUUUCCCCGGUCGGCAGCCUGGGAGCGCUGGCGCCGGACCCGUGGAGCCGAGCGACGGCAAGGAAUCCGGCGAAGCGGAGCGGGGAAAGGAGGAGAAAAUCAGGGUUUGGGAGUCUUUGAUGCGAGGGGAAUCCGCCUUCUCUAUUCUUGCCCCAUCGAAGAAGGCGAAGGUGGAGCCGGAUCUCGAGACCCGGAGAGCCGCCGUCUGGUCUCGGGUGAACCAACUGUUGUCUGCUGCACUCUCUGACAUCUUCGCGAUCAUGGAGAAGGAGAUGCAGUUUCAGGUGAAGGGGAUCGAGCUCAACACUACUUUGAAUUUCGUGUGCUGCAUCGUGCUCAAAACCCUAGUUAGCCACUUGAUCGACGAGUACUCCGAGGCGUAUCCCAGAUAUGGUUACUAUGGCUGGGACCAGUGUAUCAGUCAGAUCGAGCAGCUAUGCUCUGGUCGUGCCCUCAUGGCAUUUGAUCUUGAUCUUGAAUGUUGGGCUGUCAACGUGCAGGUUUACUUGUGUACCUUGGCCAACUUCGAGGUCUACAUAGGAUCCUUGUUUCCCAAGGAUCCAAUUGUGGAGCUUGAUUUCCCUUCUUAUGGGAACGUUAGUCAUGACUACUACAUGCCGAAUGGGAAGAAGAUCUUAGGGGCUUCAAUGUUUCCCCAAGGCUUGUCAUACGAGGUGAAUCUGCUUAUUGGGUGCAUAGACUACGAUAAGCUCGAGAAAAAGGACAUGGGAUUGCGUUCCCAAAAGAUGCUCGUGUGGAAGGAGCGCUUGUACUCCUCCAGAGAGUGGGAAUUUGAUGUGUGCAUGUAGCCAAGGAAGAAAGAGUAUGUGUCCGUGUGACUGAGAGAUAAUGGAAAAAGCUGAGAUUCGAUUUGGCUGAUGGAUUUCUCUAUGAGCUGUGAAGGGUACACUGUAACAUAUGGGUCGCUUUUGUUCGCCUUAUGCUGGCAUGUGCAGCGCUGAUGUUUGUUAAUGAAAUUGGUGCUUUGGGGCAUUUGUUGAAUUUGUUAUACCUAUCAUGUAUAUAGAGCUCAACCUUUAGUC